UUUUUACUGGGUGCGGUACUGAGCAGCUAUGUCGGGCCGUGGAAAGCAGGGAGGCAAAGCGAGGGCCAAGGCGAAGACCCGCUCUUCGCGGGCAGGCCUGCAGUUCCCGGUGGGGCGCGUGCACCGCUUGCUGCGCAAAGGGAACUACGCCGAGCGCGUCGGGGCCGGCGCCCCCGUCUACAUGGCCGCCGUGCUGGAGUACCUCACCGCCGAGAUCUUGGAGCUGGCCGGCAACGCCGCCCGGGACAACAAGAAGACGCGCAUCAUCCCCCGCCACUUGCAGCUGGCCAUCCGCAACGACGAGGAGCUGAACAAGCUGCUGGGCAAAGUCACCAUCGCCCAGGGCGGAGUCCUGCCCAACAUCCAGGCUGUGCUGCUGCCCAAGAAGGCGGAGAGCCACAAGGCGAAGGCCAAGUGAAGCCCUCCUGCUCUGGCGCGCAGCGCAAAGCCUGCAAAACCCAAAGGCUCUUCUCAGAGCCACUUAACAAUUCGUGAAAGAGCGGCUUGCUGUGCUCCAGAGAAUAUGAAGUCUUGUUAUAACCUUAAGCACCCGCAAGAGCGUUUAUAAUUUUGUUGUCAGGUCAGUUAGGAAAAACAGCCCCGUCCGCAGACUGACUAAAGUUUGCGGGCGGGGGAGAUUAAACGUUCGUGCUGCAAACUUAAGUGAGGUAGUCAAAAGACCAGCUAGGCUGGGUCAGUAUCACUCUAGGGCGGGAUGUUUAAGAAACAUGGGGAGAAAUUUUUUUUCUUUCUCGUGUUCAUUAAGUGAUAAUGCUUUGAAGCACUAAGAGACAUUUUGAAGCACGCGAACACUAGGGAGACAUUUAAAUUUAAAUCCAACCACUGCAACUAUGCUAUACUGGAUAUUUUUCAAACAUGCACACAAACACCAAAAGGAUCAGUAACCUGUCAUAGUCCAGGAAUACAAACGUGCUAGUGGGCUACAUGAACGAUUACCAAGUCUCCGCUUUGAGUAACACGUUAACAGCAAUAGCUCUUUUUAUGAAUAGGUGGGUGGCCCUUAAAAGGGCCUUUGGAGUUUACGGUCAGCUGUGUUAUGAAUUAGCCACCAAAACCAUACAGAGUACGGCCCUGCCGCUUCAGAGCAUACACCACAUCCAUGGCGGUCACAGUCUUUCUCUUGGCGUGCUCGGUGUAAGUCACCGCAUCGCGGAUGACGUUUUCCAGGAAGACCUUCAAGACGCCGCGAGUCUCUUCGUAGAUGAGGCCCGAA